AUGCAAUAUAAGACCGCCUGCUGCCCACAGCUAUUUCUAGCACCCCGCCCCAUCCUCCUUCUCUAUCGUCUCUCUCCCAGCCCCUGUGCGCUGAACACCCUAACAUCCUGCCCGCCCCCUCGUCGAACCAAUUUUGUAAUAGAGCCUACAGCAUACAAAGACUUUAAAGUUUCCAGAGGCUUUACCUAUCGCUACUAUUUGGCUGCCCCUCGAGAUACCGACAAGCCAUUUAUCCUAUUAUGUCACGGGUUCCCAUCAACGUCAUACGACUGGCAUCGUCAAGUAGUGUUCUUCUCAGAAGAAGGCUACGGUCUAAUAGUACCAGAUAUGCUAGGAUACGGCGGCUCUGACAAACCGACGACCACCGAAUCUUACAAGAUGAACGCCAUGGCUCAAGACUUGAUUGACAUUCUUGAGCAUGAGAGCGCUCGAGAUGUCAUUGCCGUCGGACAUGAUUGGGGCUCGGUCGUGGUUUCUAGGCUUGCCUACCUUUAUCAAGAACGAUUCCUAGCCUUUGGAUUUCUUGCAGUGACUUACAUGCCUCCGGAUCCAACUUUUAGUUACAAGAAAGUUUCUGAAGAACUUGAGAAGACAUUUGGCUAUAAUCUUUUCGGAUAUUGGGAGUUUUUCUCAUCGAACGGAGCACCAAAGAUCAUUGAAGAGCAUUUCGACUCGUUUUACAGCAUAGCAUUCCCACAUGACCCUACACUUUGGAAGGAUCGCCUUGCACCGACCGGACAGGUCAAUAAAUGGCUAACCUCGAAUCGGAUUGAGAAAAGACUUGCAUAUAUUACUGAGGAGGUUAGGUGCUAG